GGCGGAGGAAACUCUCUAACCCUCAGUCUCUCUCUCUCUCUCUCUGUCCAUCUCUUCCUCUUCAGGAAGUUUACCUAGAAAUGUUGAGAAGAGCGCUGCUACAAGCUUCAGCACGUUGCCGCUUCUCGUCUUCGUCUUCACUGUUACUAGCAUCUCGGAGACAAUGCUCUUCGUCUUCUUCCUCCUCUCAAGUUCCAGAGGAUCAUUUCGUCGAACAGUCGGUAGACACCCCUCAAACGCCGCCCUCCGCCACUAUCUCCGUUGACCGCUCCGCCUUGUAUCAUCCACCUGAUCAUUCCCACGAACCGACUGCUGACUCGGAGCUCGUUAAGCACCUCAAAAACAUCAUCAAAUUCAGAGGGGGCCCGAUUACAGUUGCUGAGUACAUGGAGGAAGUCUUGACGAAUCCAAAAGCUGGUUUUUAUGUCAACCGGGAUGUCUUUGGAGCCGGGGGCGAUUUCAUCACCUCGCCAGAAGUGAGCCAGAUGUUUGGAGAGAUGAUUGGAGUGUGGACAAUGUGCCUCUGGGAGCAAAUGGGACAACCAAAAAGAGUCAACUUAGUUGAGCUUGGACCAGGCAGAGGAACUCUCUUGGCUGAUCUUCUGCGAGGUGUGUCAAAAUUCAAGAAUUUCACAGAGUCUUUGCAAAUACAUAUGGUUGAAUGUAGCCCAGCAUUACAGAAACUCCAGUAUCAAAACUUGAAGUGCUUGACUGAAGAUGGUACUGAUGGAAACACAGAGAAAAAAUGUAUUAGCACAAUAACUGAGACCCCUGUAUCAUGGCAUAUGACACUCGAACAGGUUCCUACAGGAUCCCCAACGAUCAUCAUUGCACAUGAGUUCUAUGAUGCUUUGCCAGUGCACCAAUUUCAGAAAGCCUCUCGUGGUUGGUGUGAGAAGAUGAUUGAUGUUACUGAAAAUUCAUUGUUUCGUUUUGUAUUAUCUCCACAGCCCACACCAGCAACUCUCUAUCUCAUGAAGCGCUGCAGAUGGGCUGAGACUAAAGAAAUAGCUGGACUUGAUCAUAUCGAAGUUUGCCCGAAGGCAAUGGAUUUAACUCAAGAAAUCUCCAAUAGAAUAGGCACUGAUGGUGGUGGAGCUCUCAUAAUUGAUUAUGGCCUUAACAGAAUAGUUUCAGACAGUCUUCAGGCUAUUAGGAAGCAUAAGUUUGUCGACAUUCUAGAUGAUCCUGGGUCUGCUGAUCUCAGUGCUUAUGUUGAUUUUGCUGCGAUUAGGCAUUCUGCUGAAGAAUUUUCAGCAGAUGUGUCUGUUCAUGGACCAAUGACUCAGUCUCAGUUUCUUGGCUCUCUUGGAAUUAACUUCCGCAUUGAAGCUCUGUUAGAGAACUGUACUGAUGAACAAGCUGAAUCUCUGAGAACAGGAUAUUGGCGUCUGGUUGGUGACGGUGAAGCCCCAUUUUGGGAGGGUCCUGAUGAGCAGGCUCCUAUUGGGAUGGGUACUCGGUAUUUAGCCAUGGCAAUUGUAAACAAGAAGCAAGGCGUACCAGUUCCUUUCGAGUAAAACAACUAGAUGGUAUUGUUUCUAUAUCUACAUUUUCCUUUCAAUCCUUGAGUUGUGAACUUGGAAAAUGUCAUUAGCUACCUUGUUGUUUUCUUCAUCGACCCUUUCUAAUUUAUGAUGUUCAGAUUUUUGAUGUAAGCAUCCACUUGUAAACCCCCAACACAUUGUGUUAGGUGGGAGUCGCAGUCAACUUCAAAUAACCAAUGUCAUAGAAAGAGUCGAAAUCUUCUGAUA